AUGGCAGAUGGUCAGAGCGCGUCGCAGCCGCCCCAUUCGGAUCGCGAUAGUCCGUCCCGACCGCCGCUGAAGGCGCUCGGCGCACAGACGGGCGGUGCAAAGCCCGUGGAGGGAGCUUCGUGCAACGGCGUGGUGAUCGGUGAGGGCACGCGGCAGUCGGAGAACAAAGGGCACGAUGGCGAUGGGGCGAGCGCGAAAGAUAGGGAUACGGAUGGCGUGCGCGAGGCAGUGGAGGCAGAGAGCGUGAAGACGCGCGCGCGGCCGAGCGGCAAGGUGGUGCAUAUGGCGCGCGCGGACCUCGUCGACCUCGCGGAUCUCGACCGCGCGCUCGAUCGCGCGCUGUCCCGCCGAGAAAAGCCCGCCGCUGCCGUUCAAGCCGCAGGCGCGGCGGGGAAGGGUGGCGGCAGCGACGCGGAUAAGCUGGGGCACGGACCGCAAGCCGAGGGAUCGGAACGACCCAAGUGGGAGAUCGACGUGAAGAAAGUAGUGCUGAGAAAACUAAUCGCUAACGGCACGUUCGGCACCGUGUAUCGAGGCACUUACCAAGGAAAGGACGUUGCAGUGAAGGUGCUGGACUGGGGAGAGGAGGACACCAUGUCGCGCAUGCAGCUCGACAAGCUAAGGCGCGCGUUCAAGCAGGAGGUCACGGUGUGGAGCGACCUCUCGCACCCCAACGUCGCGCAGUUCGUGGGCGCGUCCGUGGCGGACCAGGGCGGGUUCAUGAUCCCGUCGUUCGACCGGUCGCGCGGAGGGCACAAGGGCGACAUCCGCGUGGAGGGCAGCCUGUGCUGCCUGGUGGUGGAGUACGUGGCGGGCGGCACGCUCAAGGACUACCUCAUCGCCAACCGCCGCCGCAAGCUGCCUCUGCGCACCGUCGUGCAGCUCGCCUCCGACAUGGCCAAGGGGUUGGAGUACCUGCAUGCACACGGGGUGGUGCACCGGGACAUCAAGUCGGAGAACAUGCUGCUCACAGCCAGUCGCCGCGUCAAGGUGGCGGACUUUGGGGUGGCGCGCAUAGAGGCGGAGAACCCCAAGGACAUGACGGGCGCCACCGGCACUCUUGGCUACAUGGCCCCCGAGGUGCUGGACUGCAGGCCGUACAACCACCGUGCUGAUGUGUACAGCUUUGGCAUCUGCCUGUGGGAGAUCUACUGCUGUGACAUGCCCUUCCCCGACCUCGACUUCAAGGAAAUGGCCGCGGGUCUGCGCCCCACCAUCCCUGGAAUCUGCCCGCGGGACCUGAGCAGAAUCAUGCAGCGCUGCUGGGAUGCUGACCCCAGCAAGCGGCCCGACAUGGGGGAGGUGGUGACGCUGCUGGGGAAGGUGGAUCUGAAGCGCGGCAAGGGCAUGACUCCCAUCUAUGACAUGCCCAAUGAUUCCAUCUCCUGCUGCUGGGUCACAUGA